UAUUCAAACGCACACCGUACACACAUCAGUCAAUCUCUGAAUCCCGCGUGAGGCGGUUGAUUUGUGUUACAUACGUUCGUACGUUUCGCGCGUGACUUCGUUGGACUUAUCAAGGUCAAUUAUAGUAAACAAUAAAAAUGGCAGAUGCUGCAAAAAUAGAGCAUAACCCAAAAAUCCUAUCGGGGCCAGUUCUAACAAACUCCCCGAACGCAGUGCUUUCGAAAACCCUCCUCAGCCGGUACCAGGAUCUGCCAAUCGCAGCUGAUAAGAUCAUCGCCACCUACAUCUGGAUUGAUGGCACCGGAGAGCAUUUGAGGUGCAAGGAUCGCACUAUCAACAUCAUUCCUAAGCAACCUAAAGAUCUGCCCAUAUGGAACUUCGACGGCAGUUCCACAAGUCAAGCGGAGGGCCACAACUCAGAUAUUUACUUGGUUCCGAGAGCGAUUUACAAGGACCCCUUCAGACGUGGCAACCACAUCCUGGUCAUGUGCGACACGUACAAGUAUAACAUGGAGCCGACAGAAAGCAACCACCGCAUCAAAUGUCAAGAGGCAUACGACAGGUGUAAGGAUGAGGAGCCAUGGUUCGGAGUGGAGCAAGAGUACAUUCUGCUGGACGCUGACCUUCGACCAUUCGGAUGGCCCCCGGGCGGCUGCCCUCCCCCCCAAGGACCGUACUACUGCGGCGUUGGAGCUAACAAGGUCUUCGCGAGGGAUCUAGUUCAAGCCCAUUAUAUUUGCUGUCUCUACGCCGGAGUGCCGGUGUCUGGCACGAACGCGGAGGUGAUGCCCUCCCAAUGGGAGUUCCAAGUGGGUCCCUCGGUGGGGGUGACCGCGGCGGACGACCUCUGGAUCGCGCGCUACAUCCUCCACCGGCUGGCUGAGGAGUAUGGUGUUAUUGUCACUUUUGAUCCUAAGCCAGUCGCUGACUGGAACGGUUCCGGCGCCCAUACUAACUUCUCCACGAAGAAGAUGAGGGAAGAAAAUGGUAUUAUUGAAAUCGAGAAAGCCAUCGACAAGCUGUCGAAGGUGCACAUGAAGCAUAUCAAAGUGUACGACCCGCGCGGCGGCAAGGACAACGAGCGCCGCCUCACCGGCCUACACGAGACUGCCAGUAUUAACGACUUCAGUGCUGGAGUCGCAAAUCGUGGAUGUAGUAUUAGAAUUCCACGUUCCGUUGCUGAGGAAAAGAAGGGAUACCUGGAGGACCGCCGGCCAGCUUCCAACUGCGAUCCUUACUCGGUCGUCGACGCGCUUAUGCGCACCUGUAUACUGAACGAAUAACACGAAAGUCGAUUCCAUGCCACCUUUAAACGUGUUAGCUAACGCCUUUAUAACCCAUACUUUUUUAGAUGGCAAUUAGAAUUUAUAAACGUCAAUGUCAAAAUAAUACAUCAAAGUCAAACACCUGCUUUGACAUACGUAUCAGUAUGCCAUAAAACUAGCAAAAUAAUCGCACAAUAAACAACAACAAAACGAUCACGUCGUGUUAGUAAUAGUUUAAUAUGUAUUCAUUUUUAUACAUUUUGUAAUAACUCUUACAAGUAAUCGACAACAAAUAAUAUGAAGUGUUCCAUAAAUAGAAAAAUACAAUAGACUAACAUAGACAUAUUUAGGGUGUAUAAGCGAUAAAGCAAAAAGUAUUUUUUCCCAUUUAAUUAAUACGGAAUUCUACAAGAGCUACGUAAAUUAUCUUGCUCUUUUAUAAUGUUUUGAAAAGGGAAAGCAUGAUUCAUUUUAUAUAAAUAUGAAUGCACGAAUAUGAUACAGUCGAGGAGUAAAUACAGUGGUUUAUUAACAACAUUCCAUAGGCAGCUUCUAAAUGCUUAGCUGGCGUGAUAAAGGUAGCGCAUUGAUGGACCACAUAAGAUAUUAAAUAAUAAAUACUAUAGAGGAUAUUUUUACGAAUAUUAUGUGAUAUUUAAACGUUAAUUGUUAUGUUCAUUUUAUAGUUUACGCGUUUACAAGAAAAAAUUUAAUCACACAUAUCAUUUUAGCAGCCAUGAAAUAACAAAAAUAUACACCGGAUAUAUCAUUUACUAACAUACAAAGCCUACAGAAUUAUGGUAGAAUAAUUAAUAUACAACGUCAUAAUAUAUACACUAAUUAUAGGUUUAGAGUAAAUUGCUAAGUGAUAGUCAGGAGUCUAGCGGUUGGCCCAAUGUUUUGUUUAGUUCAAAUCUUCAGUACCUGCAGUUUGCAUGAAAUGUUCUAUAAAACCUAAGUAUAUUUUACAUAGCGGCAAUACAAGAAUAGCAAUGGCCUUGUAUUGAUAAUUGCUAAUAUACCAAUAGAACUAUGUAGACAAUUAUUCUAAAAAAUAAUAUAUUAAACUACCAAUAGGAAAUAACGCAAUUAUAUUAUCAAUCUUAUUGGUUGAAAUUAACUGGUGACUUGCAAGGACUUUUGGGUUAAUUCUCAUACAGCCUUAUACACUUGUGAAAAAUAACGAUAACACCACAAUAAUAAUAAUUAAAUAGGCAUAAUAUAGGUAUAUAUUAUUCAUUUAUUUGAGUGUUCAUACAACACAAGGAAUUGAGAUUUAUUUAAUGAAAUGUUUAUGAAUAUGUUAUUA